AAAGCACACAGCUCUAAAGCGAGCCAAUCACAAACAAAUCAAACACCGGCGGCCAGCACCAAAAAAAAAAAUGGUUGGCGUUUUCGGGCGCUCACUCUCUUUCCCAAACAAAACCACUAACCGUCCAUCCAAACCAAUUUCUCACCACAUCAGAUCCAUCUCUCUUCCAUGUAGAUCACAUCCCUUGAUUUCCCAACUCAAAGAUGAAAUCACUGAGCUCAAAACAUGGUCAUUCAAUCCUGAUAAACGAACCUCAGCUUGGCUUUGUGAUGGCCUGAACCACCUAAAGGACGUUCAUGAUGCUCUUCAUGAUAUUCUUCAGCUGCCACAAACCCAUGAGUUGUUAAGCCAUAAGCGUGAAUGGGUUGAGAAGCUUCUCGAAGAUUUCCUAUGUUUUGUUGAUGUUUAUGGGAUCUUCCAAACAUCAUUUCUGGCACUUAAAGAAGAGCAACUCGCGGCGUGGAUGGCUCUAAGGAGAAACGACUACUCAAAGAUUGCUAUGUAUUUGAAAGGUCGCAAGAAGAUGGCUAAAGAGAUUGCUAAACUCGUAUCCUCACUCCGGUGCAGUGGGCGAUACUCAUUUCCUGGAUCAGGUUUAGUAUCUAUUGCGGAUACUGAGCUGGCAGGUGUUAUCAGCAAUGUAAUUGAAGUGACUGUUUCAGUUUCACAGGCUCUUUUCAAUGGGAUUUCCAAGUCAUUUACAUCAAGAAAAUCGUCUUGGAUGGGGUUGAAGUUCUCAAAGAAAGCCAAGAAGUUUAAGAUCGAGGAAAGUAUUAAAGAAUUUCAAAACAUUGGUGAAGCGAACAUGUGGGGUUUGAGAAAAAAGGGAGAUGAGGAAGUGAGGAUGGUUUUGAAGAGAAUGCAAGACUUGGAAAGGUGCAUUGCUGAUGUUGAAAGUGGCAGUGAAAAGGCUUUUAGGAGUUUGAUAAACACUAGGGUUUCACUUCUUAAUACUCUCACCAACUAGGAAGGAAAAAAUUAAUUAUUUACAUUAUUGUCUGGUCACACACAAAUAGAGAUGUAAUUUACCUUUUGUUUCGUAAACCUUUUCUUUUUUUUUUUUUUUUUUCCAGUAGAAAGAAUGAAACAUUGUGAAAAAUUAAAAGUGCACGCAGAGAGGGAGUUUUUUGAAUGGUGUACUGUACAGCGAUAAUUUCUGAAAGUUUUGAAA